UUCCUCACUCCCCACCGAUCUUCUGUAUGGGAAGCUUUUGGCCUACUCGCAGGUGGACCUUUGCAUCAUGACCACAGAAUCCAAUAAAAGCUGGCCUCGCGAGGGCUACCGACCGGAGUGGCUGGCGCUUGAAGAUGCAUCAGGGGGGAGAUAUGCCAUGACUGGUAACUUUGCAGUUGAUGUGCCGACCUAUGAUGCUGUCUUCGCGGCCUUCUCCAAACAAUGGCCCGAACUCCCUGAAGAGAUGAAAGUUUGUGAGUGAGUUUCACGCUGUGAAGUGUCAACUCCACCACCCUUGGUUGCCUCCAGUGCCUUCCCUGACGACAAUUAUCUCCAGGGGAUGAAAAGACCGAUAGCCAACAUGGGGAGCUCGAUGUCCGGAUCUACAAACCAGCCUCGGACAAACCUCUACCUUUGAUGAUUUACUUUUCUGGAGGUGGAUAUAUUGCCGGCAAUCUUGAUACUGAAGACGCUCACUGCCGUAUCUUUGCUGCGAAAACGCCAUGCUUGGUCAUAAGCGUCAACUAUCCGAAGGUUCCUUCGGUCAAGCUGGAUGAUAUUAUCAACCUUGGAACGCUAGCUGUACCUUGGUGCCGCGAAAAGGCUCAACACUUGGGCGAUGAUCCAUCCAAGACUAUUUUAUGUGGAGGGUCUGCUGGCGCCUUCUUGUGUGCACAGGUAGCAUACCGACUCAUGUCGGAGGGAGACCAUACAACCAUCACCGGCUGUGUACUCUUGUUUGCAGUCGCUCUUCAUUGGGAAUAUGAUGGCAAGUACAAGCACAUGUACACGGCGUGGGACGAGAACGGAAAUGCUGGCACUCCUGUAUUCGGGUUGGAACUUGCCAAAUUCAUCUGGUCACAUUACGAUGUCGACUUCAGCAGUCCACGCCACUUCCCGCUUCUUGCAGACGAUCUUUCGAAGUUUCCUCCAUCCUAUAUCGUCACGGCAGAGAAAGAUUGCUUCCGGGAUGAUGGAAAGCUCUUGGAUUACCGACUACGGGAGAGCGGAGUGAGGAGCAAGCUCGACCACUAUGAGGGUCUUCCUCAUUAUUUCCACGUCUUUCCUCAGCUCGCAGUUGCGCAUGAGGCGAUGGCCAAAGCGGUUGAGGGGGCCAGGUUCGUCCUGGAAUAGCUGCGUUUGUACGGGUGAAGAAAGACUCAAAUCUUCGAGCAGUCCUCUCCUUCCCCCACAAAGCAACGUGUACAUGCAGCACCUUCAGCAAGCGCAUGAACUUCAUUCGUCCAAACACGCCGAAAGCAACGAAGCGAAGGCUUCGAGAGUGAAUCGGAGCUUCAUAGCCUCCGCUAGCCUCAAUUCUUGCUUCGCGUACGGAGUAGUGUACGGUGUAUAGCCAGUGUAUAGCCAAACCAUAUGGCAGGACGCAUGAUUUUCA